AAUUUGUAGCGUCUUGAUAAAGAGUGGAUUUAUCCAUGCCUGAUCACAGUUUAAGCUUCUGUAAACAUAUUUCACAAGUUCUCGUCUUCUUCGCAUCUACAUACUUGUCUCGGAUGUUAUUACGUUGCAACUAUUUAACUUUAUUACUCUGAAUCGCUGAAGCGGUUCCAUAAACGUGUCUGGUGAAGAGUUCCAGCUAAUUACGUCUAAGAACAUUCGAUUAUACAGUGACAUAAUAAUCAAGUGUUUCUGGAAUUUUCUCACACGUGAAAAUAUGGGAAAUAGCUUUAUCACUGAAGUCAGCAUUCUUAACAUCUAUUAUUAUUUCGGAUGACACUUUUCGGGCGCCAGGGUUUGAAUUUCACAAUAAAUGAACGAUUUUAAUGCGUCGCUGUGUAAUUUAGACGGACUACGAACACUAGACACCCACGUUAGUGGUAGUAUGCAUCUGGAAUCCCUUCAGGGAAACUCUGACUCCACUUCCGGUCUCGCUUCACACUCCAGCAGCUUCGAUUCCUCCUCCUCCCCAGAUAUGUCCGACGUCAAGCCGUCAGUUUCUCCUGACAUGAAAUCCAAACCGGAAGCGGAUAUGAGCGACGACGACAAGAAGAAGAAGCGGCAGCGGCGACAGCGGACGCAUUUCACGAGUCAGCAGCUGCAGGAACUGGAAUCGACGUUCGCGCGCAACCGGUACCCGGAUAUGGCGACACGGGAGGAGAUAUCAGCGUGGACGAACCUCACGGAGGCUAGAGUUAGGGUUUGGUUCAAGAACCGUCGCGCCAAGUGGCGGAAACGCGAACGCAACAUGGAGACCUUUAAGACCGGCUUCGGUACGCAGUUCACGGGCCUCAUGCAGCCCACCUUCGACGACACCUUUUAUAACGGUUACUACAACAACACUUGGGCCGCCAAGGUACCAAGCCCUCUGGGCUCAAAGUCGUUCCCCUGGGGGUUCAACUCUGUGAAUCCCCACCUCUCGUCAGUAGUCCCGUCGCAGCCAAUGUGCUUCUCCUCGCAGUCAUCGAGUAUCAGCUCCAGUAUGAUGAACAACAACCUUCCGCCGGUGCCGACGAACAUGAACAAUCCCAACUCGCCGUGCCCCUAUGCGAGCCCCGCCCCGCCCUACAUUUACACACCAAACAGAGACACGUGCACCAACAGUAUAGCCGCCCUCAGACUCAAGGCGAAGCAUCACUCCACAAACCCAUUUUCCUACCCAUCUAUGUCCCCCAGGCAGCAGUCCUUGUCGGCAUGCCAGUAUGCCACCGUCGGCAACACGGGCACGGUUUGAUCGGGAUGUUCUGUUUAAUGGUGAACUUCUAUAGUGCGAUGAUAAAUAUUCUAUAGAUCUGAUGUGUUUAAAAAAGAAGAUCUGAAGAUCAGAGUGUGCAUUUUUAUAAGAAGUAGUCGCGAGUAGCUGUACUGUUAUGGCAGACAACUGGUACAUUGUUUCAAAUGAACAAAUGAGAAAAAAACAAAAGCAUUUGUUGUCUGACUGCCGACCAGUGGGAAUUAUGUUAUGUGACAUGGAAAACUUGAUCCGUUGUCGUUGUUAUUUUGCACAUGGCGGAAAUAUUCGGAUGCGCUCAGAUUUAUGAUUAAAAUAGUGUUCUAAGAUGUUGUGUUGAGGACAGCGUCUUCCAUCAACUUAAACGAAGAAAGCUGAGGUGUUUCAAAUGUACAAUAACGAUGGGAAGGUAGAAAUUGCGCAUUGUUAGUAACUUGAAAUUUGUUUACUUAUAUGUUUCCUUUAGUGAUUUGUAUUUUAAUGUGCUUCGAAGACAUUAUUUUGUUGAGUGAUUUAUAUAUUCUGAUCAUUUAGGACUGUUUAAAGUCACUAUUUUUUUCUGCUAUAUAAUACUGACCCAGUCAGCAAUGUACGAGACAUGAAUUGUCGUACGACUAUAUUAUUAUAAUCAAUUCGAUUCCAUUUCCAUACUAUAAUGCAACCUUUUGGGGUAGUAAUUAGGUACAAGUUACAACUGACUUCUCUUAAGUCCCAUUUUCUUAAAAUGCUUAUCAUUAAAAAGAUUGUUUUUUUUUUCUUUUGUAUAAUUGCGUGUGUACGUAGACUAUUCAAGACAAUUUGCAACUGAUCAUGAAUUAUUCGCUUUCAACAGUGUAGUGUAAUCCAUUCAUUUAUAAACAAAACACGAGUCUGUGUAAUGACACAUGUCAUGGUUCUUAUUAAAGCAUGACAUAAUUAUGUUUCAUCAUUAGCACUUUGUUAAACAUUAAUCUUAUUAAUGAAAAUAUUACCUUAAUGAACUUAAGAAAACGUCAUUGUUAUACUUUAUCGACGUUAUUUUGUUUAGUAUCACAUUCUAUCAUCCGUUGGGAAUACUUAAUGUGCAAUGGCAUAGUUCCAUUGCUUUCCAAAAUCAUCCGAACCGGGACUUAUAUAACUAUUUAUUAGCGAUUUGUCAAGCGAUUAAUAAAUUGUGAAUACAUAUUUGUAAUACAAGA